AUGACCCUUAAAAUGGAUAGAAAGGCACUUAAAGAAGAGAAAAAGAAACAAAAACUUGAAAAAUUUUUGAACAAAAAAACAACACAGUCUAAGAUAUCUAAAGCACCUAAACCUGCUAAAAAUAAAUCUUCUAGUGGAUAUGAUCCAAUGCCUGUGGAACAAAAAUGGAAUAAUUAUUGGCUGUCAAAUAACUUGUUCGAGCCACAGGAAAGAAGUAAUAAAUUUGUGAUGUGUAUGCCACCUCCAAAUAUAACUGGCAGUCUUCACAUUGGACAUUCUAUGAUGAUAGCCAUACAAGAUGCUAUAUGCAGAUACAUGAGAUUAAUAAAUUAUGAAGUGUUAUAUUUACCAGGUACUGAUCAUGCGGGAAUAGCUACACAAACUGUAGUCAUGAAGCAAUUAGAAAAAGAAAAAAAGACAUACAAUCGAGAAUCUUUCCUAGAAGCUACUUGGAAAUGGAAAGAAAAUUACGGAUCGAGAAUAUUAGAUCAGUUUAAAAGACUAGGCACAAGUGCAGAUUUUAGUAGACAAAAGUUUACAAUGGAUGCUGGUAUGAAUAAAGCUGUUACAGAGGCAUUUUGUUCAUUAUACGAAAAAGGUCUUAUUUACAGAGAUAAUAAAAUAGUUAACUGGUGUUGUAAAUUACAAACUACAUUAAGUGAUAUAGAAAUUGAUUACUUAAGUGUAGGAAAAAAUACGAUUUUAAAAAUUGAUGGACGUGAUUAUGAAUUUGGUGUUAUAUACGUUUUUAAAUAUCCUGUAAAAUUUGUCAAAGAUGGUUACGAAUCAGAAGGUCACAUAGAAGUAGCUACAACGCGACCCGAGACAAUUUUAGGGGAUGUUGCAUUAUGUGCUAAUCCAAAAGAUGCACGAUAUACUAAAUAUGAUAAAAUAAUACCGCGUAAUCCGAUUACCGAAGAAGAACUUUCUUUUGUUUUUGAUGAAGCAGCUGAAAUGGAUCUUGAAUCUGGUGUUUUAAAAAUUACCCCCGCACAUGACCCAAUUGAUUUUGAAAUAGGAAAAAAGAAUAAUUUAAAAAAUAUUAAAAUAUUUGAUAAUCAAAAUAAAAUAAUAAUAGAAGGAAACUAUUACAAAUUAAAAAGACUUGAUGCUAGAGAUUUAGUAGUACAAACAUUAAAAAACAAAAAUCUUUUUGUAGAAAAAAAACCUUAUGAACAAGUUUUACCGAUGUGUUCUAGAUCUAGUGAUCUUUUAGAACCCGUCAUUAAAGAACAAUGGUGGUGUUCAUGUUCUGAAAUGGCCAAGAAAGCCAUCGAUGCUGUUAAAACAGAGCAAAUCAAAAUUUACCCCGAGGAAUCAAAAGAUGACUGGUACAGAUGGUUUGAAAAUCCAAGAGACUGGUGUUUAUCAAGACAAUUAUGGUGGGGACACAGAAUACCUGCCUAUAAGACGCCUGAUGGUGUGUGGACAAUAGCUAGAAACAAAGAACAGGCUAUUCGAUCUUAUAAAAAAAACAAUCCUUUAAAUGCGCACUAUCAAGAAUCCGACUUUGUACAGGAUGAAGAUGUUUUAGAUACUUGGUUUUCUUCAGGUCUUUGGCCUUUUGCUACUUUGGGAUGGCCAAAUAAAAAUCAAGACUUAGACAAAUAUUUUCCAACUUCCUUACUUGAAACCGGAAAGGAUAUAUUAUUUUUUUGGGUAGGUAGGAUGGUCAUGAUGUCUUUAGAAUUAACUGGAAAAGUCCCCUUUAAGAAAGUUUUGCUUCAUGGAAUAGUACGAGAUGCUUAUGGGAGAAAAAUGAGCAAAAGUCUUGGUAAUGUAAUUGAUCCUAUUCACGUGAUAGAUGGUGCCAGUAUUGAAACCCUUUUAGAUGCCCUAAAAUUAGGAAAUCUUACUAAAGAAAACUUAAUUAAUGCAGAAUCUGCAGUAAAAAAAGAUUUUAUAAAUGGUAUUACUGUAUGUGGUGCAGAUGCAUUGCGUUUUACACUCCUUUCCUACAUGAAUGGCAUUAAUGACAUUAAAUUAGAUAUUGAAAGAGUCAAAGGUAAUAGGAAAUUUUGCAAUAAAAUAUGGAAUGCUGCCCUUUUUGUUAAAAAGAUUGUAGAUGAAAUUAUUUCCUCUGAUUCUUUAUCUUAUCAAGAUUUACUUAAUCUAGAUUUGUCUAAUGAAGAUGAUAAAUUAUUAGUAUGGCUGAUACAAGAAAGAAAUAAAGUGAUUUCUACCACACAUAAAGCAUUUAAAGAAUACAAAUUUAUGUCAGCAGUUCAAUCUAUUCAUCAAUUUUUUCUAUAUGAUUUUUGUGAUGUUUACAUAGAAAUAGUAAAAAAAAUCAAAACUAAAAAAUAUAUCCAAGCAUGUUUUAUGAUGCUUAUUGAUUCUAUAAAAAUAUUCAGUCCGUAUAUGCCCUUCAUUACAGAAGAGAUUUAUUCCCAGUUUUUCGAUAAUUCUUUGAUGUAUACAAGUUAUCCUGAAAUCAUUCAUAACAAAUUUUCUACUAAUUUUAAGUCUACGCUUUCUAAAAUAAAAGCCAUUAGAGCAGAUAUUGAAAAAUAUGGUAAAGAGAAAGUUGAUGUCAUUUUGGAUGGAUGUGAGUGUUUUGAUAAGAUCGACAUACAGUUUAUAUCUAUUUUGAUACCCAACAUUAAUACUAUCAAGUUUGGAGAAGGAUAUGAAGUAAAAAAAGUAAAUUAA